AUGCAGGCGUUCACAUUACUCUUUACAGCUGCCUCAGCAGCGCUCGGCGUAGUGGCCAGCCCGACGCCAGUCAACACACGUCAGGAAACCAGCCACGUGGGAUACCUCAUUUCAACCUUUUCCGAUGCCAGACCCGAAGUCCAACAGUACCUCUCCAAUGGGAACAGUGCCUCGAGCUUCACCUUUCUGAACGGUGGCCAGCCUAUCCUCGCGUCAACAGUCGGCACGAAAGGUGUCAGGGACAUCUACCUCACAACAAAUGAUGACCGGUCUCAAUAUUACCUCAUCGCAACUGACCUCGACAUUAACGCAGCCGGGUUCUCGUGGGACCAAGCCACCAGGACGGGAAGCCGCGGUAUUGUUGUCUGGAGCUCUACAAACCUCGUGGACUGGUCUGAGCCUUCACUAAAGACCAUCGACAGCGCAACGGCAGGCAUGGUCUGGGCGCCGUCGGCCGUCUACAACACCGAGGACAGCCUCUUCUACGUCUUCUGGUCCGCACGCCACUACGCCGACUCCGACACGGCCCACACGGGUACGGCGACCCUGGACAGGAUUCGCUACGCGACGACCGCGGACUUUGAGACUUUCAGCGCGCCGCAGGACUACCUCGCGCUGCCGGACACGCCGCUCAUCGACCAGGAGUUCCAGUAUCUCGGCACGAGCGGCAACUACGUCCGGUUCCUCAAGAACGAGACCGUCAACCAGGUGUACCAGGAGACCACGACGGGCGGGCUGUUCGGGGAGUGGACGCGGAUCCCCGGGUACGUCAGCAGCCUGAGCCCGGCCGAGGGACCCGCGGCGUACGCAGAUAAUGUGACGCCCGGGCUAUAUCACUUGCUGCUGGACGACUACACACAGUACAGGCCAUUCGAGACGUCGGACAUCGAGGGAGGAUCGUGGUCCGCCUCCAGCACAAGUGGAUUCCCCACUGGUCUGAAGCAUGGUUCUGUGACGCCGGUAACUCAGGCAGAGUAUGAUGCUAUUUCGGCUAAAUACUUGUAA